GUGGUUUCGAUCUCUCUGUGUCUGCAGCAGUCGAACGGCGGAGUUGUCGCGCUGCGUUCCUCCCACAUAAGUUAGUUUUUUUUACAUCGUUUGUGGAAGUGAUCAACAACCGACAUGUCUCUCACCGAUCCAGUGGCUUUUCUGAAAGAUUUCGUCGCCGGAGGAGUAGCAGCGGCAAUCUCGAAGACCGCCGUUGCGCCCAUAGAACGAGUAAAACUGCUGCUGCAGGUGCAGCACAUUUCGAAGCAGAUUACAGAAGACCAGCGAUACAAGGGUAUGAUCGACUGCUUCGUCCGCAUCCCUAAAGAGCAAGGAUUCCUCAGUUACUGGCGUGGUAAUCUUGCCAACGUCAUUAGGUACUUCCCCACACAGGCCCUCAACUUUGCUUUCAAGGACAAAUACAAGCAAGUUUUCCUGGGCGGAGUUGACAAAAAUACACAGUUCUGGCGCUACUUUCUGGGUAACCUGGCUUCUGGCGGUGCUGCUGGAGCAACAUCCCUCUGCUUCGUGUAUCCCCUUGACUUCGCCAGAACAAGGUUGGCCGCUGAUGUCGGCAAAGGUGCAAACCAACGUGAGUUCACAGGUUUGGGUAAUUGUAUUGCCAAGAUCUUCAAGGCUGAUGGAAUCGUUGGUCUGUACCGUGGCUUCGGUGUCUCUGUGCAAGGUAUCAUAAUCUACCGUGCCGCUUACUUCGGAUUCUUUGACACAGCAAAGGGCAUGCUGCCAGACCCCAAGAAUACGCCCUUCCUCAUCUCGUGGGCUAUUGCUCAGACUGUGACUACUGUAGCUGGAAUUGUGUCCUAUCCCUUCGAUACAGUACGUAGGCGAAUGAUGAUGCAGUCUGGUCGUUCCAAGGCUGACAUUGUAUACAAGAACACGCUGCAUGCCUGGGGAGUAAUCUACAAGGUAGAGGGUGGUGCAGCCUUCUUCAAGGGUGCUUUCUCGAAUGUCCUCAGAGGAACAGGUGGUGCCCUUGUGCUGGUACUCUAUGAUGAGAUCAAGGCUUUCCUCUUCUAGAAGAAGCAUUCAAGUCUGCCAACUAGAUCAACUUUAAUUGACGUCAUAAAACAUCAAUCACCAUCAAACAUGGCGGCUGCAGAGUUCGUUACCACAUGACGAAAUGUUCAGCUAGCUUACAGUGUCUCCAUAUUAAUAAUUAUACUCUUUAAUCUGAACAGUUAGGUAACAACAUUGAUUGGUAACACCAUUUUGAGCUGAAAUGAAAGACUGUGCAUGUUGAUGUAUCUUCAAGAAUAUGACAACUAGAUGGCUUUAAAAUCCAGUUUUAAGAGAGGAGAAUCGAUAAGCUAACUUAAAAAAAUAUGUGGACUUGUUUAGUAGGAAAUGAGUACAAUUAAACAAAUAAGAAAAAUACUUGAAAUAAAAAGACUUUGUCGUCUCCAAGCGUGAGACAUUUUAUGUUGAUUUUUUGUUGGGCUGCUGGCAGCAUUGCCCUCUAGAGUUAAAUAAAAACACCAGAUCUACUGGGCCACAACAGAAUUGUA